GUUUCUGUUAUCUUUGAUCGAAUUUUCUCAUGCCCACGUUGGCUACACAAAUAUGUUAAUUCUUUAGAUGUCAGACUGUCAGAGGCAGAAAAGCUGGCUGUGAUUUGUGUGGUUGAAAUAAGGGAUUGACAUUUUUUGUGAAUUGUGUAUGUAUGCCGUAGUAAUUAUAAUAAUAAUUUUUUCGUCGUACGAUGAGCACGGGUCCUCCAAAAAGUAGUAUAGAAACAGAAUUUUUGGAAAUUGACUCUAACGGAGCGUGGGCGCUUUUAUAUCAGCAUAUACGAAAUGAAUCAUUAAACUACGAUUAUACUCUGUCGGAAGCAAAGAAAUCGCAAAACAAGAAUUUAAACCGGUACCGAGAUGUCAGCCCUUACGACCACAGUCGAGUUGUUUUGUCGAAAGGUCCGUGUGACUACAUCAACGCUAACUUGAUCAAGAUGGAGAAAGCCCACCGCCACUAUAUUUUAACUCAGGGUCCAUUGCCGCACACGACUGGUCACUUUUGGCUAAUGGUAUGGGAGCAGAACAGCAAGGCCGUUCUCAUGCUGAACAGGAUUAUUGAAAAAAAUCAGGUGAAGUGCCACCAGUACUGGCCGGCUGGGACCCAGCCCGGCGUCGACGACACGCUGACCCUGACGGAGGUGGGGCUGCGGGUGCAGUACGUGUCCGAGACGGAGGCCUCGUACUACACCACGAGAAUACUCAGAUUAACGGAACUGGAAUCGGGAGAGAGCCGCGACAUCCUGCAGUUCCACUACACGACGUGGCCGGACUUCGGUGUGCCUCAGAGCCCCACGGCGUUCCUGCACUUCCUGAUGGUGGUCCGGGAGAGCGGCGCGCUCGACCAGAACGUGGGGCCCCCGGUCGUCCACUGCUCCGCGGGCAUCGGGCGUUCGGGGACGUUUUGCCUCGUGGACUCGUGUCUGGUUCUGAUGGAAGAAAAUGGAAUUGAGUCUGUAAACAUAAGGGAGAUUUUACUUGAAAUGAGGAAGUAUCGUAUGGGACUGAUACAGACUCCGGACCAACUUCGCUUCUCGUACCUGGCCAUUAUUGAAGGUGCCAAACAAUUAAUUAAUAACGAGAAUGAUGUGAACAUUAGGCACGAUGGGAAUCUCAUAGAGAUAGAAACUGUUAAUUCAAACUGCGCAGAUUUGGACGAACCUCCGCCGCUUCCUCCGCGAGAUGCUUCGCUGACGAGAAAGCUCGAAUCGGAGAACCACGCAAGCUCAGUUACCAAUAAUGUGAGGCCUUUGACCACUUGCGCGGUAAACCCUCCAGAUAAACCAUUACCUCCAGUUCCCAGCGAACUGACAAACAGCCCUGGAAGUGAAGAGGUUUCCAGCUCCGAUGAGAGAUCUUCGUUGUCUGCAAGCCCAGUUUCCAAUUCAGGAAGAGAGUCGACUGUUCGACAGCGCGUGAGGGAAGAGCGUGUGAAGCGCAUCGAGGAGAAAGUGAGGGACAUAAAGCGCAAGCAGAAGUCUGCAGAGAGUUGGCAGCGGUUCAAGAGAUUCAGCAAGAAGAGAAGGCUGAAUGGGGCCGGCGACGGAGAGACUUGCAAUAGUUAACAGCUGCAAAGAAAUGUUCUAAAUCUGCGCUGCACAAACAUUGCAGCUCUUUUCUUUUUUUCUUUUUUUUCUUUUCUGUUUGUGACGGAUGUGUAACGAUUUGGAGCUUUUCAGGAUUAAUCACUUGACUUCUUGAUGUCAGUUGAAUUAAUUAUGAAACAAGAACACCAGUUAAAGUGCUUUAUUAGUAAUCUGUACAAAUGUUUAAAUGCGUAGAAGAGAGUUAUUUAUUAUAUUUUGUGAACUAUUGUGUGGAUAUGCCAAGUAAACAAAUUGAAUAAUCAAAUAAAUGUAGUUAAACAAUA